AGCUUGAUCUAUCCUUCAAUUCACACAAUUAGCUUUGUUUUAUUAGUAUAUACAAAAGCUAUGACUAUUUCCGUUUUCUCUCGAUUUUCUAUAUACUUUUGUGUUCUUCUCUUGUGCAAUGGAUCUAUGGCCCAACUAUUUGAUCCAGCCACAAACCAAUGGCAAACUCAUCGACAAGGAAGCUUUAGGGAGUGUAGAUUUGAGAGACUACAAGCAUUUGAGCCUCUUCAGAAUGUGAGGUCGGAAGCUGGUGUGACCGAGUACUUUGAUGAGACGAAUGAAUUGUUUCAGUGCACAGGUACAUUUGUCAUCCGACGUGUUAUUCAACCUCAAGGCCUUCUAAUACCUCGAUACGCCAAUACUCCUGGCAUGGUCUACAUCAUCCAAGGAAGAGGUUCUAUGGGUCUAACCUUCCCUGGAUGCCCCGCAACUUACCAGCAGCAAUCCCAACAGUUUUUGUUUCAAGGCGAAAGUCAGAGCCAAAAGUUUAUAGAUGAGCACCAAAAGAUUCAUCAAUUUAGGCAAGGUGAUAUCGUUGUACUCCCAACAGGUGUUGCACAUUGGUUCUACAAUGAUGGUGACACGCCUGUUGUUGCCCUAUAUGUUUAUGACAUAAACAAUAGCGCUAAUCAACUUGAACCAAGGCAUAGGGAGUUCUUAUUGGCUGGUAAGAACAAUAGGGUACAACAAGUGUAUGGUCGCUCAAUUCAGCAACACUCUGGGCAAAACAUAUUCAAUGGAUUCAGUGUUGAGCCACUAAGUGAGGCUUUAAACAUCAACACAGUAACAACAAAGAGGCUACAAAGCCAAAAUGACCAAAGAGGAGAGAUCAUACAUGUAAAGAAUGGCCUUCAAUUGCUGAAACCAACUUUGACACAACGACAAGAACAAGAACAAGCUCAAUACCAAGAAGUCCAAUAUAGUGAAAAACCACAAACAUCUUCCCGAUGGAACGGUUUAGAGGAGAACUUGUGCACAAUCAAGACGAGGUUAAACAUUGAAAAUCCAAGUCGUGCUGAUUCAUACGAUCCACGUGCUGGAAGGAUCACAAGUCUUGAUAGUCAGAAAUUCCCUAUCCUUAAUAUCAUCCAAAUGAGUGCUACUAGAGUAAAUCUAUACCAGAAUGCUAUUCUCACACCAUUCUGGAAUGUAAAUGCUCAUAGUUUGAUGUAUGUGAUUCGAGGGCGUGCUCGAGUCCAAGUCGUCAGUAACUUUGGAAAGACUGUGUUCGACGGUGUUCUUCGUCCAGAACAACUAUUGAUUAUUCCACAAAACUAUGUUGUCUUAAAGAAAGCACAACAUGAAGGAUGCCAAUAUAUUGCAAUCAACACAAACGCUAAUGCCUUCGUGAGCCACCUUGCAGGGGUAGACUCAGUAUUCCAUGCCUUACCAGUUGAUGUUAUCGCUAAUGCGUAUUGCAUCUCAAGGGAAGAGGCUCGAAGACUCAAGAACAACAGGGGAGACGAGUAUGGUCCAUUCCCUCCUAGAUUACAACAACAAAUCUACCCAGAAUUCUCGAAUGAAUCUAAAGGCGAGACUUCAGAGUAAUGUAACUAAGAUCUAAUAUUAGGAAAGCAAAAUAAAGGGGUAAUUGGAUCCAUGUCAUUGCAAAAAUGUCGAUUAAGAUAAUUUUCAUUACAAUUCGUCUGUU